GGUGGGGGACUAGAAUGACAGCACGUAGAUCUCUUCAAAUAGGCAUUUGACGGCGGAUGUGUUACUUGCAGUCUGCGUUUUUGUUCGUCACUAACUUUUAAAGCGUUAGCACGUAAACUCUAUUAUGUAUCUGAAAGUUCAAUAACACAUUGAACGCGCAGGUGGACAUUAAAGCGUCGUCUGUCAAAUACUUGAACGGUUUUUCUAAGAAGUUUGCAGCUGAGAGAAGCGUAAUUUAUGGCAGCGGCAAAUCGCUAUAGACGAGUGAAAUCUCAGCUGCCAACAUGCUAUUACGAAGGCUUUCUGGAAAAGAAAAAAAUCAAAGACAAGAUGGGUCGUAAACUCUGGACCAGUUUAUGUGGCAAUUCACUCUUUUUCUACAAUAACAACAAAGACAGUGUUUAUGUGGAGAAGCUGGAGCUCUCUGAUCUCGUCACUGUGACAGAUGACAGCGGUCGCGACCGAAACCUGGACGCUGCGAGUUUCACUCUGCACAUGAAAAAUGAAGACAUCAAGAUGACUGCACCCAACCUUGAGACCCGAGAACUCUGGAAAGGAUACUUGCUCUCAGUUUCUAAGUUAUCUGUACCAGGUUCUCUGAACCUGCUGCCUGGCCAGAUUCACUCGAUGAAGGAAAUAAUAGAGAAAGAGAAAAUAAGGCAGCGGCUUCUUUCAUCUCCACCAUCAUCCUCGAGUUCUGACUAUUAUAUUACUGUACAGUCAGACAUGCCUUCGUGUUAUCAUAAUGUCAGUCGUGUCGAAGCUGAAUUCUUACUGGAAAGGAACGCUGAUCGAGGAAACCUACUACUGAGGCCGGGUCGUGAUGGCACGUCUUUCGCACUCACUACGCGCCAAGAUGUUAACGGACCAGUAUUCAGACAUUAUCGUGUGUCCCGGAGGCACGAAGGAGGAUUUACCAUUGCCCUUGAGGCUCCUAUCACCUGUGAGACCCUGCAUGAUGUGGUUAACUGCAUGCUGGAGAAGACCAAUGGGGUUUUGGUGCCUCUUCUGAUGGAGGACUUUUAUGCAAAAUGUAUCACAUUUGCUGAAACUGAUAAGGAGAAUGGUGAGAGAAGUGUGCAAUGUUCUAAAAGCAGCUCACCAGUGCUACCCCCAAAACCAGCAUUUCUUGAUUCUGAUGACGAGAAUGGUGAGACAAUUGUGUGUUGUCCCCAAGUCCCUUCGCCUACUCCUCCAGUGCCACCCCCAAAACCAGUCCCGAGGAAUCAAAGAUCCAGUUCAGAUACAAACACACGUGAAAGAAUCUACCUCAAUGUCCCAGAUGCUGAAGAUUAUGUGUUGGAUGAGGCAGCAAAUAAUCCACCUCCGGUCUUCCCACGUCUUCCAGGACGAUAUUUGCCGCAUCAGAGUUCAAUGCCUCAAGAUCUAAACAGCAGUUUUGAUGGUGAAAAAAAAGCUUUGGUACCUCCUGGCUACCCUAAAACAACUUCCCGGAGCAACAGUUUGUCAAGCAAGCCAAAGAAUUUUCCCAAGACUGGGAAAAGUGUUGACAUGAAUGAGCUCCAAGAGGCUCUUAGAAGGAGACAAAAGGAAUAAAUGUAACCUCAUUAGGAUGAAGAUGAUGAUGAUGAUAAAGGUUUCAUUGUGGAACAAGGAAUAAUUCCUUAGUAUUAAGAUUGUCUUAAAUCUACACCAGCAGAUAUUUGGAUAUGCAGCUGGAUCAACAAAUAGGCCUUUGAAACAAAUUUUCUUUAUUGAUUCUUUCAGCAUUAUGAUGUAUUAGUUAUCACAGUCAUUUAUUAGACUAACAUAUCAAUCAUAAUGUGUCAUUGCAUAGCUGCUGACUGUAAAUCACUACUGUUGUUUGUGUAGGUUGAUGUACUGUUGAUUUAUCACGUUAUUUAGAUGAAGUCACAUAUACAUGUUUGUCUUUAAUUUGUAUGUGUCAGAUAGCUGGUCUAUGUGUCUUUUCUCUGUCUCUGAUCUUACAAAACUCAGGCUUGCUGUAAAAAUCACUAAUGGUUGUUAAUAAUAUGAUAAUCUAUAUUGUGAAUACAAUGUGGGGAAGUUGCAGGUCAUCUUUCACCAAAUAGAGAAACAGAUCAUGUUUUUCUGUUCCUGUUAAAUAAGUUUUAUACUAUAUAUAUUUCAGAACAAUACAUUGAUUAUGAAAAAAUGUA